AAAUAAAGCCAUUUGAGCAUGAGUAGUACUCGAGACCAAAAUGAAGGUAUCGGGUACGAAUGAAAAACAUAUCAUUAGAUACCGAGCUAUUCACCCAAGGCCGUAAAUUACCAAUAAAUGGCACAGCAAGCAAUAAGAAAGAAGGUAAGAAGAGGAGGAGAGAGAAAGAGAGCAUGAGGGAUCACGUUCAAGCCAUACUAAUGUUUUCAGACUAUAUGAUGUAAGCUUAUACUAAAAGACACACUAGAGGAUUAGAUAUCAGUAGGCAAGAUUCACUAAUACCAAACUAAGGUCUAGAGGAUUAGAUAUCAGUAGGCAAGAUUCACUAAUACCAAACUAAGGUCUUUAUUCUACCACUUUAAUUCACAGCAAUAACAAUACCACAAGUAGUUCUUAAUCAGCAGUUGGUACUUUUAAUAGAGCAACUUACAACGGAUUAAAAAAGAGUGUACAGUGCAGAGAGGUCGUGGGUCAAGUGAUGUCCACAAUUUCUCUUUAUCCAUCCCCUUGAUAUUUUGAAAAUUGGUUGGUUGAAGAAGGAACCAAAAAGAAAGUAUCAUUACCAAUUGAUGUUCAUAUUGAUCUAUUAUCCACCAAGUAUACAAAAACCUAACCAUACAUGCCCCCAACUAUAUCUUUUUAGUCUAUUGUAAGCAUAAGUUUUAUGAUCAUUACUUGUUUACUAUGACAAAUCAGAGAGUUAUGUGAUAUCCCUAGCUAUGAAGGUUACCAAUUCUCAUUUGGUCUCCCUCUCUUCAACCGUAUCUUUUUUUACUAUAACAGGAGUACUUUAUGGGGUAUCAAUGUAAAUAUCUUAAUUAUAAAAGCAUGUUAGUUAUUUUCCCUUUAUUAGAGUUUUACAUCGCUAGUUCAUAGCUCCCAUGAAUUGUCAAUAUAUAUUGUACAUAUAACUCUAGGAAGUUAUGCAUGAGCCUCACGCAUUUCAUAAUGGAUUUGUUGUCAGUCCUAUGCAUGUGGGGGCCACUCCUUUCUCACUGUUUUCAACUCAACCUCUGUUUGUCUUUUUCUCUGCACUUGGUUGGGCAUAAAGUAAACCACAUGCAUGUUAGACCAUUUUAAGGAAGUCAAAUUUUUUCACUAUGAGGUUCUGGUUUUUGGUUAUCCGGACCAAAUUUUGUUUCCAUAUUGAUACUACGGCCAAAAGGAGUCAUAGUUAUGUCUAAUUGGGCUCUAAAUAAUGUCAACAAAUCAAUAAAAACUCAUACUACUAUAAUAGGAGUAAAACAGUUAGAUUUCAUAACGCACCAUUCUUAUGGAUAACCAUAAUGACCAUUGAUCAGCCUCAAGAUGAGGUCAGAAAAACUUGGUAAAGGAAGAUGCUCGUUUGUUCUUGCAAAUAAGGAACUCAAUUGAGAAUUAGCUAGUUUGCUUUAUCUUUGUGAAAGAGUUAGCUUGGAAUUUGUUCCUUUUUCUUGAUGUCCACUAGUGUCCAAGCCAACUUGUGUACUUCAUAUGUUAAUAGAAUUUAUGAUGCGUGCAAGGCUAGCUAUGAAAAAAACUUUGCGUCCAAGUUUAUAUAUUUUGCACCAUUCAAUAAAGAUGUGCGGUUUCAACAAGCCCAAGAAAAACAGGGUUGUAUUGAGUUUUUUCAGUUGGGUGUUAGACCCCCGGUUACUAAAAUUUAUUCCCGAAGGGGUAGGAUGGGAAAUGUACUUGGUAGUGGGGAAUAAUGUAGCGUGUAACGGCCUAGCGAGAGAAUAUGGGAUGUGGGCCAGGGGAGACGGUUAUGUUACUGUUUUGGUAGAAAUAGCUUGGGGAGGAAGGUGAGGGGAUCAUCGAGGAUUUGGUUGAGAGUUAGAAGGAUUGGAGAGUUACCCACCCUCUCGAAUUGGUGGGGUGUUGCUUGUAAUCGCCUUCGGGCUUGUUCAUUUGAAUUCCAAGAAUAUUGUGAGGAAAUACCUCACAAGUUGGUAUAAGAGCGAUGCGAACUUGGGAGUACCAUCGACAAUGACAGUGAAGGAUUUGGAAGUAAGGUGUGAAGCAACGGAGAAGGAAAUCUCCGAUAUCAAGAGCGCGAUCCUGACGCUAUGCGGCAAAGUGGAAGAACAACGACUCGCCUCGGAACGGACUCAGGCGAUGCUCUGGGGAUUCAUAUCGAAAGUUAUCGACGGAAAGACAUCUUCUCUCACACAGAUGGGGGAGUCAUCGACGCGUAAGGACAAACAAACCGAGGAACUCCCGAAGGUAGUACAAAUCAGCGAUCAAGCAUAUGAUCAAAGUUUAAGAAGGUUGAGAUGUCUAUCUUCCUCGGUUUGAUGGAAUAGCUCUAGCUUGGUUUCGAUACCAUGAUAACAAAGUACGAUUCACAGAUUGGGAGAAUCUGAGGUCCAAGCUUAUAGUUCGAUUUUGGAGGACAAAGGAAGGGCGACAGUGUGCAAAAUUAAUGGCGAUCAAACAGGAGGGUAGUGUAGAAGAGUACCAAGAGGCAUUUGAGGCCUUAUCGGCAACUCAACCACACUUGGUAGAAGAGGUACUGGAAUCAGAUUACCUCAACGGGUUAAAUCCUAUUUUGCGUGCAGAGGUCCUGGCAUCAAAACCGACGGGAUUAGACCAGAUAAUGAGGCGUGCCCAGUUGAUCGAAGAUCAAGCGACAACAUCCCAAGAAAAUGGGGAAGUGAAUCAGGAACGGCCUUCAAAAGGCGGCAUGGGGGGAGUGAAACUGGCGAUUAAAACGCCAGAAACGACCGCCACACGUUCCGUAACCUUAGCUAGCAAGCCAGGGACGGCGGUGACAGCUCCAGCGGUGGUUCCGACAGUUAAAAAAGAAACCGCCUACAAACGUCUGACAGAGGAAGAGUAUCGAAAGAGAUGGGAAAAUGGGCUUUGUUUUAGAUGUGAGAAGAAAUAUUCGGUGGGACAUCGUUGCAGAAACCAACAACUCCGGGUGUUUAUGGUUCAUGAUGAAGAGUUAACGAUGACAGAAGAAGAGGAAGACCAUGAGGAGGGAGAGACUUUGGAUGAGAAAGGGAAAGCGGUAGUAUUGAAUACAGUGGUUGGCUUGACGACUCUGGGAAUGAUUAAAAUCAAAGGGAUACUGCAAGGGCAGGGAGUGGUGGUGCUUCUUGACUGUGGGGCUGCCCACAAUUUCAUCUCUAAUCGGUUAGUUAAAGAAUUUAAGAUUCCCCAGUCAGAGACCUACAAUUAUGGGAUUAUAGCUGGAACAAGGCCGGCAGUGAAGGGCAAGGGAAUUUGCUGUGGUGUAGUGAUGGAGUUACUAGGGGUCACGGUGGUAGAAGAUUUUCUUCUCAUUGAACUUAAUGACUUGGAUGUGAUUUUGGGGAUGAAGUGUCUGCAAGCCAUGGGGAAGAUGGAAAUCGAUUGGCCGGCAUUGACUAUAACAUUCACACGGGGGACAAAAGGAUUGUGCUUAAGGGUGAUCCAUCUCUAGCUCGAAUGGAGAUAUCACUCAAAAGGAUGUCUUGAGCUUGGGAACCCACAGACCAAGGAUACCUGGUGGAGUUGCGCGCAAUAACGGCCCAAGAGGACCCUCAGAAUGCUUAACAGAGGGGGCUCAUUCUGGAAAGACCAGGGGAGAUUGUGACACUAUUGGAGGAUUACUCAGAUAGGGUACGGAAGGACUACCUCCCCAGCGGGCCAUUGACCACCAAAUACAACUUAAAACCGGAGCACCACCAGUGAAUGUAAGAUCGUAUAGGUAUGCCCACACGCAGAAAGCAGAGAUUGAGUCUAUGAUCGCGGACAUGUUGCUGAAAGGCAUCAUACAACCUAGCACCAGCCCCUACCAAGUCCAGUUAUCCUUGUAAAAAAAAAAGACGGAAACUGGAGGUUCUGCGUGGACUAUCGAGCAUUGAACCAGGUCACUGUUCCGGAAUUCCGAUUAUUGAAGAGUUAUUGGAUGAGUUGCACGACUCCUGUAUGUACUCCAAAAUCAAUCUUAAGUCGGGCUAUCACCAAAUCCAGAUGUCCCUUGAUGCGGUAGCCAAAACAGCUUUUCGAACACAUGAAGGGCACUAUGAGUUCCUUGUAAUGCCAUUUGGGCUCACCAAUGCUUUCGCGACGUUCCAAUCCUUGAUGAAUCAUAUUUUCAGGCCCUAUCUGCAUAAGUUUGUACUUGUCUUCUUCGAUGAUAUCUUGGUGUAUAGUUCUAACCAUACUCGAAUAGAGUAUUUGGGACAUUGGAUCUCAACGGAGGGAGCAAAAGCUGACCAGGCUAAGAUCCAGGCCAUGCUACAAUGGCCCAAACCCUCUAAUGUUCGAGAAUCAAGAGGCUUUUUGGGGUUGACCGGCUAUUACCGCAAGUUCGUGAUGAAUUAUGGAGUGAUAGCAGCCCCGCUCACGCAACUUCUAAAGAAGGAUUCCUUCAAAUGGAACGAGACAGCCACCAAGGCAUUUGAAAAAUUGAAGAUGGCUAUGUGUUCCCUUCCGCCCUACCGGAAUUCAACUUACCAUUUAUUAUUGAGACGGAUGCAUCUGGCACCAGUCUUGGAGCCGUCUUAAUGCAAAACCAACGACCCAUCGCUUACUUUAGUCACACGUUAUCUCGGCAGAGCCAAGCAAAAUCAAUCUAUGAAAGGGAGCUUAUGGCUAUGGUCUUAGCUAUUUAGAGGUGGCGUCCAUAUUUGUUGGGGCAACGCUUCAUUGUGCGCACUGACCAACAAGCAUUAAAGUUUUUGCUGGAACAAAGGAUAGUUCAACCCGAAUAUCAGAGGUGGGUGUCAAAGCUACUCGGUUACAACUUCGAGAUACAAUAUAAGCCGGGUCUAGAGAAUAAAGCAGUAGAUGCUCUUUCCAGAAUGCCACCAGGGCCCUAUUUGACGGUAAUGACGGCUCCCACAUUGUUAGAUGUGGAUCUGAUAAAAUCCGAGGUACAAAAUGAUCCAGGGUUGGCCAAGAUACUUGCUGAUCUUGUGCAGGACCGGGACAGUCAUCCGAAAUAUUCUGUGGCAAGGAAGCUUGCGGUACAAAGGCCGAAUGGUCUUAUCUAGAACCUCCUUUAUAAUUCUAGCUGUACUACAUUUAUUUCAUAAUUCCAUUAUGGGAGGGCACUCAGGCUUCCUUCGUACUUAUAAACGUCUGUGUGGAGAACUAUUUUGGCAGGGCAUGAAGCCAGAUACUAAGAAGUUUGUUGAGGAAUGCUGUGUUUGUCAACGAAACAAGACCAUGGCCACUGCCCCAUCAAGGUUACUCCAACCCUGCCCAUACCUGACCGUAUUUGGGAGGACAUCACGAUGGAUUUCAUUGAAUGCCUUCCAAAAUCCCAGGGGGCUAAUACAAUCUUCAUGGUGGUGGAUCGUUUGAGCAAGUAUGCUCACUUCAUCCCACUAAGUCACCCCUUCACAGCAAAGACAGUGGCGGCGGCUUUCAUUAAAGACGUGGUCUGACUACACGGCUUUCCUCAGUCCAUCAUUUUCGACAGGGAUAAGAUCUUCCUUAGUCAUUUUUGGACGAAAUUGUUCAAAAUACAGGGAACCAAAUUGAAGCGGAGCACAGCCUACCAUCCCCAAACCGAUGGGCAGACGGAGAUUGUAAACAAAUGUCUAGAGACCUAUCUACGGUGCUUUUGCUAUGACUCUCCAAGGAUACGGGGACAAUGGUUGUCUUGGGCGAAAUAUUGGUACAACACUACUUUUCACACCUCCCUGGGAACUACCCCCUUCCAAGUGGUUUAUGGGCGAGUACCACCCCCACUCCUUAGCUAUGGGAUUCAUUGGACAGCCAAUGACACUCUUGACAGGCAGUUGCAAGACAGGGAUCGGGCCCUACAUUUACUCAAGGAGAAUCUAUCUAAGGCGCAGGGACGAAUGAAGAAAUAUGCUGACGUCAAAAGAACCGAAAGGGAGUUUGACGUGGGAGAUCUUGUCCUCCUCAAAAUCCGUCCUUACCGCCAGAAAACGUUGGCUAAAAGAAGGAACGAGAAAUUGUCAGCUAAAAUCUUUGGACCCGUUUGAGAUCCUCCAACGCAUAGGCAAGGUGGCCUAUCGACUUAAACUGCCGGACACCACGACCAUCCAUCCGAUCUUUCACGUGUCCCAGUUGAAGCCGACCAGAGGUUCCCAUUUUGAUGCACAACCCAUUCCUCCUUAUUUGACUGAUGACUUAGAAUGGUUAGCCAUACCCGACGACGUAUAUACCAAAGGCAUAAACGACAGCAUUGGGACUGAGGA